AUGAAAAACGCCACAAACCAACAGACGGCCGGGCGGGCCCGUAACAAGAAAAAUGUGGUCGAAGAGUUGAACAGCCGUACGCUGAAAGAGUUUAGUAAAUACGAUUCGGAACGGUGUGGAUCGCUAGACGUCCUACAAAUCAAGCGCUUGAUCUUUGAUUUGUAUAACAUAGACGUCCAAGAGUCUGCAGUCAAAAGUUUAGUUCAAGAACGCUCUUUAGGUGAAGACUCGACACGCCUUAAAAUGAAAGACUUUGGCGCCUUCAAAACACUUCUUGAGACCAAAAAAAACGAGUUGAUCAAAUACGCGACUGUACACACCACAAUCGACCCCAAAGAAAUUCACGCGAUCACACAAUUCAAACUCGACGAACACCAAUUUCCAACGAAUGUCGUCGGCUUCACAAACUUCCAGAACUGCGUCAUCAAGUCGGUGUACUCUUCUGAACUCAGAGCGACACGUCCAACGAAAUCGUUCGACAAAAUAACUCCAAAGGAAUUGUUUAACUCACAAAGAUUCGAAGAUGUCUGCAACGACUUCCAACAACGAAUUCAACGACUGUCAGUCCAAGUCCAACCACUCUCGUUCGAACCAACUCUGAUUAACAUGUUUGAGUGUUUUAACCCCAACGCGAUCCUCUCGGAUAUCACAACAACGUAUUUCAAUCCACCACUCCCAAACACAAAAACUAAAAUACUCAUCGAGUUAAACAAAAUCGACUUUGACAUCGGAUUCAAUGAAAAUUUGUUGGUGUCUUUGGCGAUUUACAACACAAAAAAGCUCGAAAAAGUCACCGAAAAUGUGUACACCUCAAUCUGUAAUGGAGAACUGAAGAAGACAAAAUUUCUGGCGGAGGUUCACGAAAUGGCAACCGACGAUUUCUAUUUGUUGGUCAGAGUGUUUCGGAGAGACGACGGAAACUCCAUGAUGGUUACAAUGUACAACGAGGGUUAUGAUGUGAACGAUGCAAAGAAGAGAAAAAAACAAAUCGAGGCGAUAUCAAAAUGUCAUACAAAAGACGCCGAGAAAUUCUCAAUCAACUCGUUGCAACAAGUCGGGUUUGGUAAAGUGAAAAUACCUCAUUUGAAAGAACAAGUCCAUUUUGAGAAUUUGGGGUUUACUUCGGUUAUAUUAGUCGACGAAAACUCGUUGUUUAAAGAGUUGAGAAACGAAUCGGCAAGUUUAAUUGCGGGGAGGUGGUCGGUCUCUUUUGAACCGGCGGAAAAGGUGAAAGACAUUGAAAUCGUCACCGCUGCCGAAACGAGAAGAUUGUACAUCGAGACACCACGCACAGAACGGGUUGUCGUGAAAACACCAACAAAAGCUCAAAAAUCGAAGAUUCAAGUCGAAGAGAAGGGGACGACAAUGACGUGGCAACUCAAACCGAUUGAUUCAACACAAAGUGUGAGUACCCAAAAAGUGUUUGAAAUGAAGAGCCUUGUAUUUGAUGGCGGUGUUGAUUACGUUGCCACAAGAGACUUGAAGACGGUACUGUAUUUGACAAUCAAUGAAAUCGUAAUGAACAGAGAGAGGAAGCUCAACGUCACAAUGGAAAUAUCAUUGGUGAACGCCGUGUUUUCGGAACCAAUUGAAGCAUUGAUAUUCCCCAAUUACUCGUUAAGUCCAGAGAAGCGAGUGACGUUAAACGCGAAAAGUGUUGGGAAAAUUGUUCCAUUUAAUCGUGAAAUUCGGAUCGAACUGCCAACCCCUCCUGCGCCAAAUUUGGUGUUAAUGAUCAAAAUGAAGGACCCCAAUGAGAGUGUCAGUUUCAUCAAAUUGUUUGGCAAAAACUGCGAGACGGUUGACUCUGAAUGUGUUCAGAAAAUCAAUGUCUAUAAAGGCUCAGGCGAAAAAUUUUUUCUUGAAAGUUUUGAGGGAAAGGCGCCAUCGAAGAGGGUUUUGAAUGUGCGAUUGUCCUCAAUGGGUCUGAUGUAUCCACGACUGCGAAUCAUCCAUUCAGUGCUCAACUCAAGUGAUAAAAUGGUCAUUCAGAAUGGAAUAAAACUGUUUAGCGAGAUGGACAAUAUCAUUGUCACACCAUAUGCAGCAGUCAUAUUGGACAGAAUGUUUGAAAUGGCGACUCUCAUUCCAAUCAAUUUGUAUCAACCAUUUUUGGAGAAGUUUUUAAGUGCAGUCGAAGUUCGUCCUCAAAUACUCGUUGAUUAUAUGAACACACAUUUCAAUCCAAAAGAGUUGAAAAUUGAUGCGUCUGUUUUAGCCGAGGAAAUAUUGAAUGGGUUGCUCUCUAUAUUUGAAGAUUUUUCCAAUGAUGAGUGUCCCAAAUUUAAAUUGUCCUUUUUCUAUUUACAGGCGUUUGUGAAGACGGUGUUGACAAUACCCAACUACACACUCAAAAACGAGAAACUUAUUGAAAAACGCCUGUUAACACUCCUCAGUCUUAUAGCAUUUCGACUCGAUGUCCAUGUGGCUAAGAGAAACUUGAAAGGUGUUUUUGAAGUGAAUUUGUCGAUCGUUGAGUUCAUUCGUGAUUUGUACAGUGUCAUGGAUAUACAAUUUGUACGUACUGCAAUGGACGGGUAUUAUCAAACGUUGUGUGUCAACAAUUCUGUUAAAAUGGACCAGCGAGUUGAUCCAAGUUUAUCGAUCACAUUUGAACUGAUGCGGUUGGAUUUUUUGAGUGGACUGAAAGACUACCCCCUUGUUGUUGAAUUGAGCACUCUUGGGAUGAGCGAUACGAACACCAACAUUUCCGAUGUUUGUUUUCAGCAACGAUUUCUAGCAACGUUUUUGGUGUAUCAAACGUUGCAUUUAGUGCUUUUCCAUAAGGGUGAUAUCAGAGUGAUGGCAUCAUUGGUGUUGUUGGAACUGAUCCAGAAACUUGAUGUUGGAAGAGAUUAUCAAAUUUCAAGGUCGAAAUCAGCGGAAGCAUUCUUUUCGAUUAUUGUAAUCUUGGUCGAUGAAUUUGACUCUGUGAAAAAAUGGGCAAACGAAGUGUUAAUUGGAACUGAAAAGGCUGAUGAAUUCCAAAAAACACAAAUCUUUGGGCUUCGUGCCAUAUUUUUGUGCUUCUUUUUCAUUCUGAAUGAAGUCUCCUACGAACAAAAACAGCAAUACAUCAAAAUAUCGCCACCUGCAACCGUUGUGAAGCUUCUCCAUCUUUUCCACAUCGGUCAGCAAUUGUUCCAAGGCAAUGACCAUCGCCCCAAAGGAACAUUUGGAGUGUACGACUUCUUGCGUUCGAAAUUGGUGAUGUCAUUGGAUGUGAUGAACAGAGAGGUGCUGACAAUUCGAUCUUUAAAUACGUGUAAUACCGGAUGUGCAAUUUUGUUAAACAGAAAUAGAAGUGCAUCGAUUGCAACAAAAGCGGAUUCGUUUGAAAGUGGUCCAAAAAGGAAGAGACGCCACAACACAACCAAAGACACAGUUUCACCAAUGGAGAAAAAGCCUGAAAAGCCGGCAGUUGAGGUCAUACUCGAAUCGACACAAAAGAAAGAACAGAGACAGAGCGUGGGAGCUGUUUUGAAUAUCGAGUCAAUCAAACAAAUGUCAACGAAGACGCCAACGGACAAAGAGCAACCCCUCAUUGGAGGUGAUCGUAAGAGUCGCACGAUAUCAAAACUCAAUAUGAGACGAGCAACGACUGUGGAACGACCAAAGGAGUUGAAGGAUUUAAACAGUGAUGAGCCAUUGGUGAUGUUGUCGGUGAGAAAGGAUGUGAUGCCUUUGAGAAUGUAUACCGAUAGAAAAUCGCCAAACGUUCGUGACGAUGCCGUACCGUUUUUAUCGUUGCACACCUCAGGUGAAUCGCAAGUACUUUUGGAUGAAAAUUCAAGUCAAACGUUACAACAGUCAACCACCUCACUCGACACAGAAAAACAGUUGAUAAGUGGUAACGACAAGAUACUCGUCAGUCAUCAAAAAAGACCAACACUUGGGAUAAACAAUUCAAUAACAAAAGAAAGCCCAAUUUAUACAGAAGAUAAAAUGAAAGAACCCGUUAAAAGUAUUGAUACGAAGUCGUUGAAUAAACCCAGAGAAAGAAAAGUGAUGAAGAAGGUUCCUAUGCUUGAUUUCAAUCGAAUGAAAAGCGAAACGUCUCUUUCACCAAUGAGAGUUCCACUCAUGAAUUCAAUUCUGCCUACGUCUGAUUCUUUCAACUGUACGAAACUCAGAAACACGAGUGUGAUACAAAUAUCCUCACCAUGUAACCGACUUGAGACCAAUUUCAAACCACUGGAAAAUGACACAAAACGAACACAACAGAGUCCCGAUUUCAUGUUUGGGUUACCACUUGAAUCACCGCGGACAAGACAGAGACGACAAACGGAUGGAGAAAAAACACAGGGCCAAAUGACACCCCGAGGGAUGGAGAAUAUGGUGAUUUCAGACAAAGUUGGUGUUGACAAUCAAACGGUGCUCAACGUCUACUUGUAUGGGAUUGUAUCCAAUGUGAUUACGAGAAUAACUAUUGAAUGCUACCAACACCACGAACACAACACCGAUGUUGAAAAGGUUGUCAAUGAAAUUUUAUGUGAGAUGGCACGAACGUUGGAAGCGAAGGCUUUUAUAUCCGAUAUGGUCUUUCUUGGUAUCGAAAAGUUCCUCCAGAAAUGCGGUAGAAAUGUCGAGCCAAUAAUCUCACCAAUAAUCCAAGUCCUUCUGAAAUUGGUGUUGACUGGAAACCAAAGUGUGGAGUUGCGGGCCGAGGAAAUAAUUUGGAUUUUGUGUUUCAUGAACUUCAUCUCACGACAAAGUGCAAACGAUGUGCGGGAUGCGAUCAUUACGUAUUUAUUCCAUAACAGCUCCGAGUCCAAACACCUUUCCACACUUGUCUAUUAUUUGAACAACACGCCGUUAUCCAGACUUCAAACAAUGUUUGAUAUGUUGUCACAACAACGCAACCAAGACGCGUUGAUCAUGGUCAGGGAAACUCGAAUCUGUCAAGAGGUGCAAAGUAUCGAUAACGCCAUGUUUGAAGGACAUGCGCUUGAUUGUUUAGAUUUUUUCACGGAGAUGAUGGAGAAGAAUGUGGCCAUUUUGAAGAAGAUUGUUGAUAUCAAAGCGUCUGCAAUUGACCGUAUGAAUGAGAUAAAAAUGUCGUUGGCGAUGGAAUUUGAUGACGAUGUGAAGGCCAAAGAAAAACAAAUGGAAAAGAUCAAGGAAAUAACGAAACAGCAUUACUCGAAUUCUGUGGAGGUGACGUCGCAGUUGUUGAAAUUGGAAGACGUCUUUAAGGGGUAUAAGAAAAUGCACGACGACAUCAAGAGGUUGUCCAAACAAUCGAUUGACAAAAUCGAAGCUGUGCGGAGCCAAUGUAUUGCCUGUAAAAAAAUCAUCGAAACGUUUUUCGGGUUUAUGGUCAAAACCAUUGGAGAGGUCAAUGCCGAAUGUAUUCGAAAGGGUGCGUCGUUUCUUAAUUUGUAUCAAAACAAUUACGAUAUGCUUGUAAAACUUGGGGUGACAUCAAAUCCGCUUGUGAAUGUCACACCGGACGAACUUUUUUCGUUGUUCCAGAUGUACAAAUCGUUGAACGUGCAAGUUUCACACAUCAAAAAGAAAUCGAUGACCGAUUCGUCGGACCCAAAGGAUCAAGGAAACACACGGGCUUCCAUUGCUAAAAAUUUGAGGGAAAUGUACUGGCAAUACAAUUCACUACAUUCAUACAUCAAGAAUGACCCAAUUACACCAAAACUGUCACCACGAAAAACUGAACAACAAAGAUCCAACUCUCUUGGGAAUGGCAGUGGAGCGUUCAUACGAUCAGUUGAUGGGAGGCUGCAGUCUCGAAGAAGUUCGACGAAAUUAACCAUUUCAAUGCAACAGAAAAUUAUUGGCGCGACGGUCUUCCCAGAUACAGUUUUUCCAAUUGAGUCGAGUCAAGUGUUGGUGAACAAUUUGCCAAACGUCAUGUCAGUGGUUAAGACGGAUAACGUGUUGAUUGAUUACAGACGAAAGAACAAAAUUGCGCAGGAGUUGUUAUCAAAGAUCAUUGAGUUGCUUGCCCAGUCGAAAGAGGCCAUGGACAAGGCGACGAUUGCUGAUAACAACCACGAGAAGAACAAAACGUUAUUACAGAAGUUGGUUGUACUUGAUGAGUGGAGUUCUACCGUCUCGAAACUUCUUUCAUUCACACCCCCAGAUCCAAAUGACUUUUUGCGCGUCUUUUUAACGAUGUUUAAUAUUGUAAAAGCAAACACGGACAAAGAGAUUGCGGUGUACAACGAACUCAAAGAAACGGUGUUUGAGAACAAUGACCAGAAGGAAUUCUUUAAGGCGAGUAACGCCGUUCUUUCUCGCAUUUCAUCGUUACAAAUAUUUAAAGCCGUGAGAGAUAUCAGAACCCGAUCAGCGUUGGAGGACCAACACGAAGUUCAAAGGAAAGAAUACGCGGAGAUGUAUAAAGAGUUUUCGGAGAGUGCAAGCAUCUGUUUGAGUACUGGAGAGCGAAGUGAAUUUAAACACUACAACAACGCCAAAGAAACGUACCAAAAUAUGACAAAGAUGCAUCAAACUCCCACUGUUGGGUUGAAUCGAUACGUUGAGUACAAACAAGGUGGAGAAUCAAUGGAAAAGAUCUUCCAAAAAUUGAUGAGAAAAGGACUGAGCAGAUCAUCGGAUGGAAAACCACAAUUUCCGUUGGUCUUUCAGGAAGACCCGAUUGGGUAUACCCUCACUGAUUUGUCGUCGUUUCUUGUUGCUCCUAUUUAUGUAACCAGCUGUGCUGCGUCCACGAAGAUGGUUGAGUCGGUUCGUUCUGUUGCAAACGAAAUAUUGGCGGUGUCGUUGGAAUUACAAAACUUUGAUGAGAUGAGAGGGAAGAAUACCGUGAACGACUUGACGGAAAGGUAUCUUGGUCUUGCCGAGAAGUACCGAGCAAGUCCUUUGUUGCACUUGUUGUGGAUAGACAACAUUAUCAAAAAACAGAUUGAGAUCGGAAAUUUCUUGGAGGCUGGGAUCUGUGAGAUCCAGGUGGUGUAUUAUGUCUACCGAGUGAUUCAAGGCACUGACAUUGGGAUAUUGGAUAUGAAAAAUUUGAUCAACAUCUGUGGAGACUUUUUGAUCGACAAGAAGGAAAACAACAACAACAACAACACGUAUCCGAUUGAGUUCACAAAAGAUCUGUUUUUGACGCACGCGUACAAAGCGCUUGAAAUGUUUGCAAAAGCUCGCAUGACGUGGUACGGUUUGGAAGCGUGUGAAAUGUUGGUGAAUUUGUUUGAUAAGAAUCGGAAUUACAACGGGUUGGCGACGGUCCAUGAAAGUAUUUCGAUCUUCUUGGACAAUUAUGUUGAUGGGAAAUCACAGAGUCCACGCUAUUACUUGGUGGUUAUCGGAGAAUUGUUUUAUGUGUACACCUCGAUGCUUUCUGAGAAAGAGUUUAAUGAACAGUUCAAACAAACGUGUGAAGAGUGUGGGUAUGAGUUUGAGGAGGCGCAAGAAGUGUUUCCUGUGAUCAAUGGAGAAGAACAGACUGUGCCAUUACCACGUAUCACGAACACGAACACGUUUUCUUUUGAAAUGGUUGAUGAGGAGUGUGGUGAUUUAUUUGAUUGUGUGAUAUCGAAGAGAAUCGUCAAAACGAAGAUGGUCUUGCCAAGUGGGAUGCAACGAUCAAUUGUCAUUGGUCAAGUGGACGAAGAGAUCACACCGCUGAGUUACGCGAUCGAUGUGAUCAACAAAAUUGUUGAGUCGCUUUCGUUCUAUAUCUGUGAGUGUGGAAAGAAUUCUGCGAGAGCACUGAAAGCCGUGUCUGAAAUGAAAGAAUUCGUCCUGUCGACAAUGGACAGCACCGGUGUGUUUUCUGUGCUCAACAUUGUGAGGAAGUUAGCGACCAAAUCAAGUUGCGAUGAGGUCGACGAUGACAAACAAUUGAAAACAAACAUACAGCGACUGAAAGAGUGCUACAAUACUGCGUUUGAUAAUUAUAAAAUGCACUCCCAAGAAUCAAAGAAAGAACAGAUUGAGUUCGAGAAGCAGUUUGUCGAGUUUGGCUGUCAGUUUGAACAACUCAUCUCGAAUAUUGAAGACUGA